AUGCCAUGCAUGCUAACAAGAUUCCCAGGGCCUUUGGAAGAGAAACAGCCCCACAGCAUCACAGAUUCUCCACCAUACUUUACAAUGAGCAUGAAGUACUUUUCCGCAUACUUAUUCUUGGAUUCACGCCAGACCCACUUAGAAUGUUUGUUGCCAAAAAGCAAAAUUUUAGUCUCAUCUGACCAAAGCACACAGUUCCAGUUGAAGCCCCAGUACCGCUUAGCAAACUCUAGACAUUUACGUAGCCAGUUUCCAUUUGCUGUGGAGCAACAGUCAAGUCCUUUUCUUGAAACCGAAACACAGCCGUUUUCAGAUUCUUACAGAUCUUCUCCCCAAAUUCCCACUGUUUAUGUUGAGAGGAGCAUUGAAGAGCUAACUGACAUAGCUGAAAAUGAGAACGAGCCUGAAUCUUCAAGCACUCUGCAAGAGAAGGGAAACAAAGGAAGCACUGAAACACUUAAAAGAAUUUGUGAUGACUCACUUGUCAGCAGCUGUGAAUCUGCUAAAACUGUGUGUAGUUUUGAGGAACUUUCUCAAUCAGGGAAUAUUGAUAAAUCUGAAUUAUAUCCAUCAGCAGUUGAGGCACCCGACAUCCAGGGAAACACAGGUGUAGCACUUGGGAAUGAAGAAGUCUGCUUUGCUGACCAGGACUCAGAGGACAAAGCUGAUUCAGUAGUUGAUGAGAAUAUCAAGCGUCCAGAUAGCCUGAAGGGUAUUCAGUCUUUUCAAAGAAGCCAAAGUAAUUUUGCCAGUCUGGGUUUGGCCUUUCCAGCCCAAAAUGGAAACCUUGCCAUUUGUCGGUGGCCUAGCAUGGCAGAUCGGAAUAUGCUACCUGAAGAGUGGGAAAAUUAUACAAUUUCUCCUGCAUAUGAACGUUCAUAUAGUGCAUCUGAUCCCAAUAACGACAGUUCUGUGACAGAAGAUUGCUUGAUACUAGUCAGUUGUGGCCUCUAUGACCUAGUGAGGGGAGUCUUACUCAUUCUGCCUGACGUGCUACUGGAGGAGGUUAUGGAUAAGCUGAUUCAGCCAGAAGCCUUGAUUGUCCUUGUUAACCAUCCUUCACCUCAAGUACAACUGGGAGUCCUGAAAUUAUUGGAUGCCUACUUUGUUCGUGCAGUUAAAGAGCAAAAAGAGAAAUUUCUUAAGAACCAUGGCUUUUCUUUACUUGCAAAUCAGCUUUACCUUCACCAGGGGAAUCCAAGCUUGUUGGAGUGUUUCUUGGGAAUGUUAUUUGGCCGACCAGUGGGCCUGGAUGAAGAGUUAGAUCUUGAAGACAUGGAAAAGAUCGAUCCAUUCAGAAAAAGAUGCAUAAUUCCAGUACUUGGGCUGAUUGAAAACUCACUGUACGAGAAUAUGUUGGUGCACAAUAUUUUGUGUGUUCUGCUACAAUUUCUCAAUGCCUGUUCAAAAGUUUCUGACAUCCUGUUAGACAAUGGUCUUCUUUAUGUUCUCUUCAACACUCUGGCAGCACUAAAUGGGAUGGAGAAUGGGAUACCUCUUAAUGAUUUCAAGCUCCUGGUGUGUGAUAUUCAGCAACUGCUAGUGGCCAUAACUAUUCAUUCAUGCAGUUCCUCAGGAUCUCAGUAUUUUCGCAUUAUAGAAGACCUAAUUACAUUGCUUGGCUACCUGCAGACCAGCGAAAACAAGCGUACACAAGAAAUGGCUAUGGCAUUGCAAUUCCGUGUUCUGCAAUCAGCUAUAGAGUUUAUCAAAACUACAGCCAAUCAAGAUUCCCAGAAAUUGACAAGCUCUGUGCAUUUACCAGCAUCUCAUCAUCAUGCAAUCUAUCAGAAGAGGAAGAGCAUUGCAGGUUCAACUGCCAUGAAAGAUUCCAUAAUUCCACGCCUCCCAAGGCAGCAUUUCUGUUCCUAUGGCCAGAUACCGAUGCCCCCUUCCAUCAUGUUAAAUCAGGAGUUUCCUCUCCUGUCUCCUUCAGGAUCUUCCACGUGCAUCUUCCCAACUGAAUCAGGACCUCGCAGGUUUUCUCUUGCUCAGUCUGACACUUUACUUUUACGAUUGAGAUCAGUGGCUAAUGAUGAACUGGCAGUUAUGAUGGAGAGGAGGAUGAGUCAGGAAAAUCCCAUAAGAGCCAGUGAGUCUGAAUACAUUCAGCGACUCCAGAGACUGACUGUCCUAUCUGUCAAUCGUCUUAUCUAUCAAGAUGGAAGUUGUGACUUUUUUGAUUUGCUGAACAUCCCACAGCCUCCAAUACAACAGAGGUCUUCAGAACAGCAGUCAGAUCAACUUGAUGAAAGUGGAUCUGUAAAGCAAACAAACAGCUUAAAGACAUUCCAGAACGAAAUUUUAAAAUUAAUGAUGGAAGGAAUCAAAAUAGGCCUUGUAAGUGUUACGCAAAAAUAUUUUUUAUAGAAAAGAUAACUAUCUAAAAUGUCUUUACAGGUGUUCUACAUAGAAUUGAAUUAUAC